AUGCGUACGAACAACAGCGAUCAUGUGCCCAGCUAUGCGGACGAUCCUGUCUGUAUCGUUGGGAUGGCAUGUCGACUACCGGGCGGUAUCAACGCGCCUUCACGACUCUGGGACUUCUUGCUGAACAAGCAGUCAGCACAAGGUCCGGUGCCUGCUCAACGCUUCAACAUAGGCGCUUAUUACAGCCCGGACGGCAGUCGACCCGGACUGUCUCAUGCCGCAGGUGGCUAUUUCAUCCAAGAAGACGUCCGACAACUAGACAACCACUUCUUCGGCAUUAACAACAUCGAGGCCAGUUCAAUGGAUCCGCAGCAAAGAAAGCUCCUUGAGGUUGUAUUCGAGUGUCUCGAAGACGCUGGCAUCCCAAUGGAGCGCAUUUCUGGUACCAAUACUGGCGUAUUUGUUGGUAACUUCACAGUUGACCACCAAACCAUGCAGACGCGUGAUCCAGACAUGAUCCAUCGUUAUACCGCAUCGGGUUGUGGAACUACGAUUCUAGCAAACCGUAUCAGCCACGUGUUCAAUCUUCAAGGACCAAGCUUCACUCUGGACACGGCGUGUUCGUCCUCGAUCUACUGUCUCCAUAGCGGUAUCAGUGCCAUCAAAGUCGGCGACUGUGACGAAGCAAUCAUUGCUGGUGCCAACUUAAUAUUGAGCCCUGAGCAGUGUAUAGGCACCAUGAAAGCCGGUGUCCUCUCUCCAACGUCCACCUGUCACACCUUUGACAUAUCAGCAGACGGAUACGGACGUGCCGAAGGGGUGAGCGCUGUGUAUCUCAAACGUCUCUCUGCUGCACUGGAGAAAGGCGACAAGAUCUGGGCUAUAGUUCGUGGCACUGCUGUCAAUGCGAACGGUAGCACCCCAGGCAUCACACAACCGAGUGUGGAUCUCCAAGAGGCUGUGAUCCGAAAAGCGUACUCGAACGCUGGUCUUGAUUUCGCCGACACCGACUACAUCGAGUGCCACGGCACUGGAACCCCGGUAGGCGAUCCGAUUGAAGUCGAAGCCAUCGGUCGGUGCUUCUCUCGCCAGGGUGGGACACCAUUGAUGAUUGGAGGCGUCAAACCCAAUCUAGGGCAUAGCGAAGCAGCAAGUGGUCUCACCUCGCUGAUCAAGGUUGCUCUGGCCCUUAAUCAUGACCAGAUCCCCCCAACAUAUGGUGUGAAGGAGUUGAACCCCAAAUUACGGCUUAACGAGUUGAACCUCAAAGUCGUGACUGAAGCCUACGGUUGGCCAAGAGCUCUUCGAAGAGUGUCCCUCAACUCGUUUGGAUAUGGCGGAGCAAACGCGCACGCCAUUCUCGAAUCGCCCCGCAGUUACUUACGCCUGCCUCCAGCUUCGGCUGGGCUGAGUACGGCGGCGAGUGACCAUCAGUAUUACGCCCUGCCCAUCUCAGCGGCCUCACAGGAGUCUCUGAAAGCUCGUGAACGACAAGUCCGACAAGUCCUCGAGUCCGGCGACGCCGGAACGGUCCAGAGUCUGGCCUGGACCUUGGCUGAAGGCCGAUCACACAUGGCCAAGAGACAAGUGUUGCUUGCAAGAGCCACAUGCCACGAAAUCGAAGUUCUGGAGCUUGGGCUAGCUUCCGACGUCAAGGCCACCUCGGUAGCAUUUGGGUACGUGUUCACUGGGCAAGGAGCCCAGUACCCAGGCAUGGCCAAAGAGCUGCUCGAGGGCAACACCGUCUUUCUGGCCAGCAUCCGUGGCCUUGACAAGGUCUUGCAAGCUCUGCCCGCGGAACACGCCCCUGGAUGGACUUUGGAGCAGUCCAUCAUCGAUGCGCCAGAGAUCAGCCAGAUUCAGCUCGUCACGCGGAGCCAGCCGGUCUGCACUGCUGUUCAAGUUGCCCUUGUAGACCUACUUCGCUCAUGGGGGGUGAAUCCUACAGGCGUGGUGGGCCAUUCUUCAGGCGAGAUUGCGGCAGCAUAUGCUGCCAGGCUGCUCAACGCCAAGCAGGCGAUUUUAGUCGCGUAUUUCAGGGGUUACGCGGUCGCGCAAUUGAAGACGCGCGGGGCCAUGCUGGCAGCCAGCCUGGGCGUCGACAGUGCUAGAGCGCUUAUCGAGAAUAUGCAACUAGGCGAGGAAGUAGCCGUCGCCUGUGUCAAUGCGCCCGAGAGCGUGACUCUCAGCGGAUCCCUCGAGGCCAUCGAGCAAAUCACAGCCGCUAUCCAGAAGCUCGGCAAGGGCACCUUUGUUCGCCAGCUCAAGACAGAUGGGCGCGCAUACCAUUCGCGAUGGAUGCGAGAAGUCGGCGACUCGUACGAGCAACUCCUUGCGCCGUAUAUGGGCGCGCAGCUACCCCAUGGCGGAGGAGCGCAGGCUGAGAUUGAGAUGCAUUCCUCAGUGGGAGUACCGGAAGACCAAGCCAGCGUAGUUGAUAGCUGCCGCGCAGCCUCGGCCACGUAUUGGCGGGCAAACCUGGAGAUGCCAGUACAGUUCCAGUCGGCCCUGACAAGGUUGAUCGAAAGCCGAAGCGCCAUUCAUUUGAUCGAAAUCGGCCCUCACCCUGCGCUGAAAGGCCCAAUACGUCAGAUUACAACCCAUAUGAAGCGCGACGCUCGUUCCUUGCCGUAUAGCUUCGCCCUCUCGAGGGAUCGAGACGCCGAUAAGUCGAUGAAGGAACUUGCAGCUGACGUCUUCCUCCACGGACACGAGCUAUCUUGGCUGAACGUGAAUCCCAAGCAACCAGCGGGAAAUGGUAUCGACUGGAUGUGGCGUAAUACACUGCGUCUUCGUGAAGCACAUUGGGUGCGCGAUCAUCGACUCGAAUCUCAAGUUGUAUUCCCGGCCGCUGGCUACCUUUCCAUGGCCAUGGAGGCCCUUUCCCAGAUCGUGCAGUUCGCAGAAGCUCCAUCGACUUUCAUUGAACUUCGUAACGUUAACUUCGGAGCUGCGCUUGUGGUGCAUGAUGGAGACGAUGAGGGGGGAGACGCAGCAAACGCGGUUGAGCUGCACACGACUAUGUCGGCGCGGAAGCUGUCCACGGCGACCAAUUCGAUGGAGUGGUAUGACUUCGCUAUUUCGUCAUGGAAGGCUGGUCAAGCAAAUCUGCAUUGUGCAGGUGGAAUACGGCUGGUACCCGCAGACGAGAGUGUGGAAGUCGAUAGGGUCGUCACCGUCGAGGACUCUGGUAACCUCGAAGAUGUGCCUCACAUGAGCCGCUGGUACGGUAGGUUUGAACAGGAGGGACUUUGCUUUGGACGCCACUUCCAGUCGAUAACGGGACUCAAGACCCACCCCAACCGACUACGGUGCGAGGCUAUAUGUAGCACUCGCCUCACAUCCUUGGUAUCUGAGGACGGGAAAAGCGCAGGGUACCCAAUGCAUCCUACUACGAUCGACGCAUGCCUUCAAGCCGGGAUCAUGAGUUCUGCAGCCGGUGAUGCAAAUGCUCUUCAUGCCUACCUUCCGAUAUUCAUUAACCAAUGCCGAGUUCGCACCUUAGGCUUGGACUUGUCUAGUCGAAAUCCCCCGACUCUCCAUGCUCGGUCAACCAAGACUGGCAUGACCAUGCGCCGAAUCGACUGCACAAUGUGGGGUGAGGACGCUUUGCCGCUGAUUGAUUUUCAGGAAGUGCGCAUGUCUCAGUACACAGGCAAGACCCCCGAGACCCCCUCAGCUUCUCGCCAGCCGUGUCUGCGCGUACAGUGGAAGCCCGAUAUCCACCGCUUGGACUCAAGCACGGAAGGGGACCUGAGUGCAUACAUGGCCGCAUUUACCGACCGGUCUCAAAGCAUGGGCGUGCCUGAUGAACGGUACCUAGCAGUCAUGGGAGUCCUGGUCGACCUCGUCGCUCACAAAAACCCCCAAAUACGGGUUGCCGAGCUUGGGGAAGAGCGCGGAUGCAAUGCUGAUCAGUCUUCAAGUCUGAUUGAUCAGGGCGUCAGUAUCGCCCAGCAUGGGAGUUGGUCCAAAGGCAGAUUGGACGAAAGUAAUGCAGUGGUGAUUGAUGACAACGGUGAAGGCCCCUUCGACCUCCUGAUCAUUCCUGGCCCCAGAAUCUCUCAGGAUUACUGGCAGCGAACACCUAGAAAGCUCAGGGAGAUGGUCAAACAUUCGGGAGUUAUCAUCACCCAUAAGACAGAAGCCGCCGUGUCCGCAUUGAAUCAAGCUUGCUUCGCAGUCAAACUGGUGGAAGAACAGAUCCUUCUUGCGAUCAACACUACAGGGCAAAUACCGCAACCACUCAAAGACAGGCAUGUCAUCAUCCUUGUUCGAGAGCCUUCUCAUGCGGUCGCAGCACUCGUGGUCACACUGGCCAGCUACUUGAAGCGAAAUGCCGGUACAAGAGCGGCGCAGAUUAUACCAUUCCGUGACAUCGGCCAAAUUCAACUGUGCAAGGAGAUGCUAUGUAUCUCUUUUCUCGAGGCAGAGAAAGAGUUCUUGGCUUCGAUGGACCAAGGUAACAUGGAUCUUCUACGCACCGUCACUAACGUGGUAACGGAUCUGCUCUGGGUAACAGGUGCGGAUAUGCUGGGCAAUAGCCCCGAUCCUGAUUUGACAUUGUCCAGUGGGCUGUCUCGUGCUAUCAUGCUAGAGCAGCCAUCAUUGCGGUUUUCGAUAAUGGAUGUCAGGUCCACCAGCAUCGCGGAGUCCAACAUGACCACGAUCUGUGAGAACAUGAUGAAGAUACUUGAUUCCUUCUACCCCAUGGACGACAAGGAAUUUGUGCAGAAAGAAAGUCUACUAUACGUCAGUCGCUUUGCCCCCGACUUCAGCUCGAACUUGCUGUUCCAACGCCGCCUGGGGGCACCAGGAGCUGUACAGAAUGAACGCCUCGGAACGUCCCGACCAGCUGAGAUGUAUAUGGCAGCAAAGGGUGUUAGCGAGACCAUACAGUUCCGUCAAAAACACGAGCCCACCACGAGCCCACCAGAUGGGUGCAUUGACGUACUCGUCAAAGCUAUCAGUCUCAAUGCGAAGGAUGUGUAUGCCCUGCACGGACGCAUUGAGACCCAUAUGGCUACAAAUGCCGUGGAAAUCAGUGGUGUGGUCACAGCAUUGGGACCAGGUGUGGUUGACCUUCGAAUUGGGGACCGUGUACUCGUGAUGGCCCCAACCUAUCUCGGAACGACAGCACGCGUACCAGCCUGGGCCACCCAUAGGAUGCUGCCAGAAGAAAAGUACACCACAAUGCCCACUCUUCCGGUGGUUUAUACAACUGCGUUAUACGCCCUGCGGGAACGUGCCCAUCUACGAGCAAAGGAGUCGGUCUUGAUUCAUAGUGGGGCCGGUGCUUUCGGCAUAGCCGCCAUCACGACGGCGCAACGUAUGGGAGCUACCGUGUACACGACUGCAGGGACUGAAGCCAAACGAUCCUGGAUAUCUUCCAAUCUGGGCGUCCCGCUGACGAAUAUCUUCCAUUCCCGUGAUACCUCCUUUGCAAGGGGCAUUAAACAAGCGACGGGUGGCCGAGGGGUGGAUGUUGUCGUGAAUGCCCUCGUUGGUGAUCUGCUACAUGCAACGUGGGCUUGCAUAGCCCCAUUUGGACGCUUCGUCGAGAUAGGGAAGAAGGAACUCACUGAAGCUGGACGGCUAGACAUGGAGGUGUUUGUGCGCAGCGUCACGUUCACCGCAUUCGAUCUGAACGGACUCUUCUUCAACGAAGACCCGUAUUAUCGUGAUCUGCUUCGCAGGCUUACUACGGAGGUACUUGACCUCUAUCGCUCCGGGGUUAUCAAACCGGUUCCCAUCACAGUCUUUCCAGCAAACGAAAUAGCUCGUUCCUACCGGUACUUCUCCUCGCACGACCGAAUAGGCAAGGUAGUCGUCUCGUUGGAAGACGACAAUGCUUCCAUUCCGGUUACCCCUUCACAGUACCUGACCCUUUUCGAUCCUGCAAAGGUGUACCUUCUGGUGGGGUGUCUAGGUGGCUUAGGACGGAGCCUCAGCCGGUGGAUGCUGGCUCGGGGCGCUCGCACAUUCGUCUUCUUGGGAAGGUCAGGCUGCGAUAAACCAAGCGCGAAAGACCUUGUACGCCGCCUGGAAACUUCCGGAUCCGAUAUAACAGUGGUUAAAGGCAACGUUACCGACAUCGAUAGCGUCACCGCCAGCAUAGCUGCUUGUAAAGCUACUGGAAAACCCAUCGGCGGUGUUGUUCAAGCUGCUAUGGGACUCCAUGAGGCCUUAUUCGCGCGUAUGACCAGCGAAGCGUGGCACGAAGCUAUUCAACCGAAGUGGGCGGGUUCUCACAACCUCCACAGAGCACUGGAGAAUCGGGACGAAAGCCUGGAUUUCUUCUUGCUAAUGUCUUCGGUGUCUGGAAGUGUGGGCACCGCGACUGAAAGCAACUAUUGUGCGGCGAACGGUUUUCUCGAUGCAUUCGCUCAUUGGCGCCGUUCUCUCGGAAAACCAGCUGUCUCGGUGGGCUUGGGAAUGAUCUCCGAAGUUGGGUACUUGCAUGAGAACCCCGAAAUCGCGGCUCUACUACUGCGGAAGGGGAUCCAACCUCUAAGCGAGGCUGAGUUCCUCCAGGUCGUAGACCUUGCCCUUGCCGGGGAUAAGGUCCAUUCCAAUUCCAACAAUGGUAGCCCUGCAGCGGCCCAUAUCCUCACCGGGUUGGAAACAUCGGAGGCCCGCCGCCUAAUUGAGCAAGGGUUCGAUGUAAGCUACGGCUCUAUGCAGGAUCCGCGAGCGGCGGUCCUGCGGACGGCGCUGAAUGUGGCACCAGGUCCAGCCGAGGGCGCCAUCACAUCUGCCAAGUCCCGGUUGAGUGCUGCUGCCUGGUCCAAUUUGGUCCCGGUCUCUGCCAUGGAGUACUUCAUGCCCGUAACCGAAGAGCCUUCGUUGGAGCUUGCGGUACUGCGGCUGUUCAAGAAGCAGUUUUCAAGCUUGAUCCUCAUGCCGCUGGACAGCGUUGACGCCGAAAGGCCGCUGAUCAAGUUUGGUAUGGAUAGCAUGAUCUCAUCAGAGCUCCGCACUUGGAUCUGGACAAGUUUCCAAGUCGAUGUGCCUUUCUUCGAUAUCAUGAGCCCCGACAAGACCCUGAGCGCGCUUGCCAAGUUCGUGGAAGAGGGGUUGGUGAACGGAUCGGCUAGAUCGAAGUAA